AUGAAAACUCCUAUUAUUUUUAUUGCUCUCAUUGUUAUUGCUGUUAUCUCAUCAUCAUCAGCUAAAACAGAGAUUCCAGCAUGCAUUCAAAAAAUGAUUAAUGGUUUCAAUGCCACACCUCGAUUAAGUCCAUAUAUUCGCAUUGACAAUUAUUUGUAUCGUGGCAAAAUGACCUAUUUGGCUACCAGCAGCUGUUGUGAUCGAUUCAAUCCACUUUAUGAUGGAGAAUGCAAUAGCAUUUGCUCUCCUUCAGGUGGUUUCAUUGGUGUCGGUGACGGUAAAUGCAAGGAUUUUGCUGAAACAGCGAAGCAACUGGGAAAUAUUUGGGUAAUUCCACGUGCUUAA